AUGGACUUGGCAGCAGACCAGACUCCUGGCCGCCGGUGGCUCCCUAUGCACACUCUUUCAGUUUUUCGGCUCCUCCGAGUGUUUUGGCUGCUGUCCCUGCUCCCGGGGCCCGCCUGGGUCCGCGCGGCCGAGCAGCGCCAGGUGUUCCAAGUGCUGGAAGAGCAACCUCCGGGCACUCUGGUGGGCACCAUCCAGACGCGCCCCGGCUUCACCUACCGGCUCAGCGAAAGCCACGCCUUGUUUGCCAUAAACAGUAGCACCGGAGCCCUGUACACCACCGCCACCAUCGACCGCGAGAGCCUGCCCAGCGACGUGAUCAACCUGGUGGUCCUUUCCAGCGCGCCCACCUACCCUACUGAAGUGCGAGUGCUGGUGCGGGACCUCAACGACAACGCCCCGGUCUUCCCGGACCCCUCCAUCGUGGUCACUUUCAAGGAAGACAGUAGCAGCGGACGUCAGGUCAUCUUGGACACCGCCACUGACUCGGACAUCGGCUCCAACGGUGUGGACCACCGCUCCUACCGCAUCAUCAAGGGCAACGAGGCCGGCCGCUUUCGCCUGGACAUCACCUUGAACCCCAGCGGCGAGGGCGCGUUCCUGCAUCUAGUGUCCAAGGGCGGACUGGACCGCGAGGUCACGCCACAGUACCAGCUCCUGGUCGAGGUGGAAGACAAGGGCGAGCCGAAGCGGCGGGGCUACCUUCAGGUAAAUGUGACAGUGCAAGACAUAAAUGACAAUCCCCCGGUUUUUGGCAGUUCCCACUACCAGGCGGGGGUGCCUGAGGAUGCGGUUGUGGGCUCCACCGUCCUCCAGGUGGCGGCGGCGGACGCAGACGAGGGUACCAACGCUGACAUCCGUUAUCGACUACAGGACGAGGGGACCCCCUUCCAGAUGGACCCAGAGACAGGGCUUAUCACCGUGCGAGAGCCCCUGGACUUUGAGGCCCGGCGCCAGUACUCGCUUACAGUGCAGGCCAUGGACCGAGGCGUGCCCUCCCUCACUGGGCGCGCUGAAGCGCUGAUUCAGCUGUUGGAUGUGAAUGACAAUGACCCGGUGGUGAAGUUCCGCUACUUCCCUGCCACCUCSCGCUACGCCUCGGUAGAUGAGAACGCUCAGGUAGGCACGGUGGUGGCUCUGCUCACGGUGACUGAUGCAGACUCCCCGGCGGCCAACGGGAACAUCUCGGUGCAGAUCCUUGGGGGCAAUGAGCAGCGCCACUUUGAAGUGCAGAGAAGCAAAGUACCAAACCUGAGCCUAAUCAAAGUGGCCAGCGCCCUGGACCGCGAGCGCAUUCCUUCCUAUAAUCUCACCGUUUCGGUCUCUGAUAACUAUGGGGCGCCCCCUAGCGCAGAGGUGCAGGCGCGCUCUUCCGUGGCAAGCCUGGUGAUUUUUGUCAAUGACAUCAAUGAUCAUCCCCCUGUCUUCGCACAGCAAGUGUACAGAGUAAACCUGAGCGAGGAGGCGCCGCCAGGGAGCUAUGUGUGUGGGGUGUCUGCCACUGAUGGCGACUCUGGUCUCAAUGCUAAUCUGCGUUACAGCAUCGUCUCUGGCAAUGGACUAGGAUGGUUCCGUAUUAGUGAACACAGUGGCCUGGUGACCACUGGGGCUGCGGGGGGACUCGACCGCGAACUGGCUUCACAGAUUGUACUGAACAUCAGUGCCCGGGACCAGGGAGUUCACCCCAAGGUGUCCUAUGCUCAGCUGGUAGUAAACCUCCUGGAUGUGAAUGAUGAGAAGCCAGUAUUUAGCCAGCCAGAAGGGUAUGAUGUGUCUGUGGUGGAGAAUGCGCCGGCAGGCACAGAACUGCUGGUGCUGGGGGCGACUGAUGGGGACCUAGGUGACAAUGGGACAGUGCGCUUUUCACUACAAGAGGCUGAGAGUGACCAGAGGUCCUUCCGUCUGGAUCCUGUAUCUGGGAGAUUGAGUACUAUCUCUUCCUUGGACAGAGAGGAGCAAGCCUUCCACUCCCUGGUGGUCUUGGCCACAGAUCUAGGUUCCCCUCCCCAGUCAUCAAUGGCUCGCAUCAAUGUGAGCCUCCUGGACCUGAACGACAACAGCCCAGUGUUCUAUCCUGUCCAGUACUUCGCCCAUAUUCAGGAGAAUGAGCCUGGGGGCAGCUAUAUCACCACAGUGUCUGCCACUGACCCAGACUUGGGUCCCAAUGGAACUGUCAAAUACAGCAUAUCUGCUGGGGACAGAUCUCGAUUUCAGAUCAAUGCUCAGAGUGGGGUCAUUUCUACAAGAAUGGCCCUAGAUAGAGAAGAAAAGACAGCUUACCAGUUACAAAUAGUGGCUACCGAUGGUGGCAAUUUGCAAUCUCCCAGCCAGGCYAUAGUGACCAUCACAGUGUUGGACACUCAGGACAACCCACCUGUAUUCAGCCAGGCUGCCUACAGCUUCRUUGUGUUUGAGAACGUGGCUGUGGGGUACCAUGUGGGCAGUGUGUCUGCAUCCACCAUGGAUCUCAAUUCCAAUAUCAGCUAUCUCAUUACUACUGGGGAUCAGAAAGGUAUGUUUGCCAUCAACCAGGUCACGGGGCAGCUGACCACAGCAAGCGUGAUUGACAGAGAAGAGCAGUCUUUUUAUCAGCUGAAGGUUGUAGCCAGUGGCGGCACAGUGACCGGAGACACCGUGGUGAAUAUCACAGUUAAGGAUCUGAAUGACAACUCUCCUCAUUUCCUUCAGGCCGUAGAGAGCGUGAACGUGGUGGAGAAUUGGCAGGCAGGUCAUAGCAUUUUCCAGGCCAAAGCUGUGGACCCCGACGAAGGUGUCAAUGGCAUGGUGACCUACAGCCUUAAGCAGAAUGCCAAGAAUCUGUUUGCUAUCAAUGAAAAGACUGGUGACAUCMGUCUCCUCGGGCCCCUGGAUGUUCACACUGGCUCCUACCAGAUAGAGRUCUUGGCAUCUGACAUGGGGGUCCCACAGCUUUCCUCCAGUGUCAUCUUGACGGUUUAUGUCCAUGAUGUCAAUGACCACCCACCAGUGUUUGACCAGCUCUCCUAUGAGGUCACCCUUUCUGAGUCAGAACCUGUGAAUUCUCGGUUUUUUCAAGUGCAGGCCUCUGACAAAGAUUCAGGAGCAAAUGGUGAGAUUGCCUACASCAUCGCUGAGGGAAACACAGGGGGGGCUUUUGGCAUAUUCCCAGAUGGUCAGUUGUAUAUAAAAAGUGAACUGGACCGUGAACUUCAGGACAGGUAUGUUUUACUGGUUGUUGCUUCUGACAGAGCAGUGGAACCCCUUAGUGCUACUGUGAAUGUCACCGUGAUUUUAGAAGAUGUAAAUGAUAACAGACCUCUUUUUAACAGUACCAAUUACACAUUUUACUUUGAAGAGGAGCAGAAAGCUGGGUCAUUUGUGGGCAAAGUGAGUGCUAUGGAUAAAGACUUUGGGCCAAAUGGAGAAGUAAGGUAUUCUUUUGAGAUGGUGCAACCAGACUUUGAUUUGCAUGCCAUCACGGGGGAAAUUACAAAUACCCGCCAGUUUGACAGGGAGUCUCUCAUGAGGCGGAGAGGGACUGCGGUGUUUACUUUUACAGUCAUAGCAACAGAUCAAGGCCUCCCUCAGUCUCUCAAGGAUCARGCCACGGUACAUGUUUACAUGAAGGAUAUCAAUGAUAAUGCUCCCAAAUUUUUGAAAGACUUUUAUCAAGCUACAAUAUCAGAGACAGCAGCCAACCUGACACAGGUUUUAAGAGUGUCUGCCUCUGAUGUUGAYGAAGGUAGUAAUGGACUUAUUCAUUAUUCUGUAAUCAAAGGAAAUGAAGAAAGACAGUUUGCCGUAGACAGUGCCUCUGGUCAGGUAACACUGAUUGGCAAAUUGGACUAUGAAGCCACACCUGCCUAUUCCCUCGUAAUUCAAGCUGUGGAUUCAGGGACAGUCUCCCUCAAUUCAACCUGCACCCUACACAUUGAUGUUUUAGAUGAAAAUGACAAUACUCCUUCUUUCCCUAAAUCGACCCUGUUUGUUGAUGUUUUGGAAAACAUGAGAAUUGGUGAACUUGUGUCUUCUGUUACUGCRACUGAUUCUGAUUCAGGUGACAAUGCUGACUUACAUUACAGCAUCACUGGGACGAACAACCACGGGACUUUUAGCAUCAGCCCGAACACUGGGAGUAUAUUUUUGGCCAAAAAAUUGGACUUUGAGACACAGUCUUUGUAUAAAUUAAAUAUCACUGCGAAAGACCAAGGAAGGCCCCCCCGUUCAUCCACAAUGUCSGUGGUCAUACACGUGAGGGACUUUAACGACAACCCUCCCAGCUUCCCUCCUGGAGACAUCUUCAAGUCUAUAGUUGAGAACGUUCCCAUCGGUACGUCUGUCCUUUCAGUGACGGCACAGGACCCAGACGCAGACAUCAAUGGGCAGCUGUCCUAUGCGAUCAUUCAGCAGAUGCCAAGAGGCAGUCACUUCAGCAUAGACGGGGUCAAAGGGACCAUCUACACCAGCGCUGAAAUAGACCGGGAAUUUGCUAACCUCUUUGAGUUGACGGUAAAAGCCAAUGACCAAGCUGUACCCAUAGAAACCAGAAGGUACGCUUUGAAAAACGUGACCAUCUUGGUGACAGACCUCAAUGACAAUGUCCCAAUGUUCAUCUCACAAAACGCCCUGGCUGCAGACCCCUCAGCUGUGAUCGGUUCUGUCCUGACGACAAUCCUGGCUGCUGACCCAGACGAAGGUGCCAAUGGGGAGGUGGAAUAUGAGAUCAUCAACGGGGACACGGACACCUUCAUUGUGGAYCGGUACAGCGGGGACUUGAGAGUGGCUUCAGCGCUGGUGCCCUCGCAGCUGAUCUACAAUCUCAUAGUCUCAGCCACAGACCUGGGCCCCGAGCGGAGGAAAUCGACCACUGAGUUGACCGUCAUUCUUCAGGGCCUCGAGGGCCCCGUGUUUACUCAACCCAAGUACAUCACUAUUUUGAAGGAAGGAGAACCCAUUGGCACCAAUGUCAUCUCCAUAGAAGCAGCUAGUCCCAGGGGACCUGAAGCCCCCGUGGAGUACUACAUUGUCUCAGUGCGUUGUGAAGAAAAAACUGUUGGACGUCUCUUCACCAUUGGACGGCACACGGGCAUGAUUCAGACGGCCGCCAUACUGGACCGGGAGCAAGGAGCCUGUCUUUACCUGGUGGAUGUCUAUGCCAUAGAGAAAUCCUCAGCGUUCCCCAGAACACAGAGAGCAGAGGUAGAAAUAACGCUUCAAGAUAUCAAUGACAAUCCACCAAUAUUUCCAACAGACACGCUGGAUCUCACCGUGGAGGAGAACAUUGGGGAUGGCUCCAAGAUUAUGCAGCUAACAGCCAUGGAUGCUGAUGAGGGUGCAAAUGCCCUUGUUACCUACGCAAUCAUCAGUGGGGCUGAUGACAGCUUCCGCAUCGACCCUGAGUCUGGGGACCUGAUUGCGACCAGGCGGUUGGACCGGGAACGUCGCUCAAAAUACUCCUUGUUGGUUCGGGCUGACGAUGGCCUUCAGUCCUCGGACAUGAGAAUUAACAUAACGGUCAGCGACGUGAAUGACCACAYGCCCCGAUUCUCCAGGCCAGUGUACUCCUUUGACAUCCCUGAAGACACAGCUCCUGGUUCUUUGGUCGCAGCCAUUUUGGCCACAGAUGACGAUUCUGGUGUGAAUGGAGAAAUCACAUACAUUGUGAGUGAAGAUGAUGAAGACGGCAUAUUUUUCCUGAACCCAGUUACUGGAGUCUUUAAUUUGACUCGAGUAUUAGAUUAUGAAGCKCAGCAGUAUUACAUCCUCACCGUUCGUGCUGAAGACGGUGGGGGACAGUUUACCACCAUCAGAGUUUACUUCAACAUUCUGGAUGUCAAUGAUAACCCACCUGUUUUCAGCUUGAAUUCCUAUAGCACAUCACUAAUGGAAAAUCURCCUCUAGGAUCUACUGUUCUCGUGUUCAACGUCACUGAUGCAGAUGAUGGUGUCAACUCCCAAUUGGCUUACAGCAUUGCUUCGGGUGAUAGCCUCGGGCAGUUCACAGUGGAUGAGAAAGGAGUGCUGAAAGUCCUGAAGACGCUGGACCGAGAAAGUCAGUCCUUCUACAACCUGGUUGUGCAGGUGCACGAUCUGCCGCCGCUCCCGGCCUCCAGGUUCACGAGCACUGCCCAAGUCUCCCUCAUUUUGUUGGACGUAAACGAUAACCCACCAGCGUUCCUUUCCCCUAAGUUGACCUACAUUCCAGAAAACACCCCUAUUGAUACCAUUGUUUUCAAAGCUCAAGCCACGGAUCCAGACAGUGGCCCCAACAGCUAUAUAGAGUACACCCUGCUGAACCCCCUGGGGAACAAGUUCAGCAUCGGGACCAUUGAUGGUGAAGUGAGGCUCACCGGGGAACUGGACAGAGAAGAGGUUGCUAACUACACUCUAACAGUGGUGGCUACGGACAAAGGUCAACCUCCUCUCUCUUCCUCUGCAGAGGUAGUAGUUAUGGUCCUUGACAUCAAUGAUAACAACCCUGUUUUUGCACAGUCUUUGUAUAAAGUGGAGAUCCACGAGGACACACUCACAGGAACAGACAUCGUGCAAGUCUUUGCAGCCGACGGAGAUGAAGGCACGAACGGACAGGUGCGCUAUGGCAUUGUGGAUGGCAAUGCCAAUCAGGAAUUUCGGAUUGAUUCCGUCACAGGUGCCAUCACCGUGGCGAAGCCUUUGGAUAGAGAGAAGACCCCUAUGUACCUCUUAACUGUUCAGGCUACAGAUCGGGGAAGCACYCCCAGGACCGAUUCCUCCACGGUCAGCAUCGUCUUGCUGGACAUUAAUGACUUUGUUCCUGUGUUUGAGCUAUCUCCGUAUUCUGUAAAUGUCCCUGAGAAUUKGGGGACACUGCCUAGAACAGUCCUUCAGGUGGUGGCAAGGGAUGACGAUCAAGGAUCCAAUAGCAAACUCUCAUAUGUUCUAGUUGGUGGUAAUGAAGACAAUGCUUUUACUCUCUCGUCCAGUGGAGAACUUAAAGUCACACAGAGUCUGGACCGUGAAACGAAGGAGCACUUUGUCUUGACGGUCACAGCUACAGAUUCAGGAUCCCCUGCCUUGACAGGAACGGGAACAAUCAAUGUCAUCGUAGAUGACGUCAAUGACAACGUCCCCACUUUUGCCAGUAAGAUGUAUUUCAUAUCAAUUCCUGAAGAUGCAGCAACUGGAACGGAUGUCCUGUUGGUAAAUGCCUCAGAUGCUGAUGCUUCAGCAAAUGCGGUGAUAAGUUACAGCAUCAUGGGUGGCAACUCCCAGUUCACCAUCAACCCGUCCACAGGACAGAUCAUCACAAGCGCCUUGCUAGACAGGGAAACCAAAGACAACUACACUUUGGUAGUGGUCGCCAGUGAUGCUGGAUCCCCGGAGGCUCUGUCCAGCUCCACCAGUGUGCUUGUCACGGUGACGGACGUCAACGACAAUCCACCACGAUUCCAACAUCACCCAUAUGUCACCCAUAUCCCAUCCCCGGUGCUUCCAGGCUCCUUUGUCUUUGCGGUGACAGUCACAGAUGCCGAUAUUGGACCCAACUCUGAGCUACAUUAUUCUCUUUCGGGCAGAAACUCUGAAAAGUUUCAUAUAGACCCACUGAGGGGAGCCAUCAUGGCAGCAGGACCACUCAACGGUGCUUCAGAAGUGACAUUUUCCGUACACGUGAAGGACGGCGGUCCGUUUCCAAAGACAGACUCGACCACCGUGACUGUCAGAUUUGUGAACAAGGCGGAUUUCCCUAAAGUCAGAGCCAAGGAGCAGACGUUCAUGUUCCCUGAAAACCAGCCAGUGGGCACUCUUGUCACCACCGUCACGGGAUCCUCUUUGAGGGGAGAGACUUUGUCUUACUACAUUGCAAGUGGGAAUCUUGGCAAUACUUUCCAAAUUGAUCAAUUAUCAGGACAAGUGUCCAUUCGUCAAUCUUUAGAUUUUGAGAAAAUUCAAAAAUAUGUUGUGUGGAUAGAGGCCAGAGAUGGAGGCUUCCCUCCUUUCUCUUCUUAUGAGAAACUUGACAUAACCGUAUUAGAUGUCAAUGACAAUUCCCCAGUUUUUAAAGAAGAUCCAUUUGUAUCUGAAAUAUUAGAAAAUCUUUCUCCCCGGAAAAUACUGACUGUUUCAGCCGUGGACAAGGACAGUGGGCCAAAUGGACAGUUAGAUUAUGAAAUUGUCAGUGGCAACCAAGAAAACAGUUUCAGCAUCAAUCAUGUCACUGGUGAAAUUAGAAGUAUCCGUCCAUUAGACAGAGAGAAAGUCUCUCGUUAUGUGCUCACCAUAAAGUCUUCAGACAAAGGGUCUCCUUCCCAGAGCACCUCGGUGAACGUCAUCAUCAACGUUCUAGACGAAAACGACAACGCCCCUCGCUUUUCUCAGAUAUUCAGUGCCCACAUUCCCGAGAACUCCCCCUUAGGAUACACGGUUACACGUGUCACCACCUCGGACGAGGACAUCGGUGUAAAUGCAAUUAGUAGAUAUUCCAUAAUGGACACAAGCCUCCCUUUCACCAUUAACCCCAGCACGGGAGAUAUCGUCGUCAGCAGACCUUUAAACAGGGAGGACACAGACCGCUACAGAAUCCGAGUCUCUGCCCAUGAUUCUGGGUGGACCGUAAGUACAGAUGUCACAAUAUUUGUCACAGAUAUCAAUGACAAUGCUCCAAGAUUUAGAAGACCCUCCUAUUAUUUGGACUGCCCUGAACUUCCUGAGAUUGGCUCUAAAGUGACUCAGGUCUCUGCCACAGAUCCUGAUGAGGGACCCAAUGGACAAGUGUUUUAUUUUAUAAAGUCUCAGUCAGAAUACUUUAGGAUUAAUGCCACCACUGGAGAGAUUUUCAAUAAGCAGGCUUUAAAAUACCAAAACAUCAGUGGCUUCAGCAAUGUGAACAUCAACAGGCACAGUUUUAUAGUGACAUCUUCAGACCGAGGUAAUCCUCCCCUACUAAGUGAGACAACGGUCACCAUCAACACGGUGGACAGUAAUGACAACCCACCUCAAUUUCUUCAAAAUAAGUACUUUACUCCCGUCACCAAAAAUGUGAAAGUUGGUACAAAGCUCAUCAAAGUGACUGCAGUCGAUGACAAAGAUUUUGGGUUGAAUUCUGAAGUGGAGUACUUCAUUCCUCAUGAAAAUCAUUUGGGCAAGUUUAAGUUGGACAAUGACACUGGGUGGAUUUCAGUAGCAUCUUCCCUAAUUUCCGACUUGAAUCAAAACUUUUUGAUCACUGUCACCGCAAAGGAUAAAGGAAACCCUCCACUUUCUUCCCAAGCCACUGUUCAAAUAACUGUCACUGAGGAAAACUAUCACACGCCCGAAUUUUCUCAAAGCCACAUGAGUGCAACCAUCCCCGAGAGCCACAGGGUCGGGGCGGUCAUCAGAACGGUUUCUGCAAGAGAUCGAGACACAGCCAUGAAUGGAAUGAUUCGGUACAGCAUCUCCUCGGGAAAUGAGGAGGGCACUUUUGCCAUCAAUUCCUCCACAGGUGUGUUAACAUUGGCCAAGGCUCUCGAUUACGAGCUGUGCCAGAAAUAUGAAAUGACCAUCAGUGCUACCGACGGGGGCUGGGUGGCGAGAACCGGGUACUGCAGUGUGACUGUCAAUGUGAUUGACGUGAACGACAACUCUCCAGUGUUUGCUCCUGAUGAAUACUUCCCCACCGUUCUCGAGAACGCUCCGAGUGGGACCACAGUCAUCCACCUCAACGCCACAGACGCAGACUCCGGGGCCAAUGCUGUGGUGGCGUACACCGUGCAGUCCUCGGAUAGUGACCUCUUUGUCAUCGACCCCAACACGGGGGUCAUCACCACUCAGGGCUUCUUGGAUUUUGAAACCAAGCAGAGCUACCACCUCACCGUCAAAGCCUUCAACGUCCCAGAUGAAGAAAGGUGCAGCUUCGCCACCGUCAACGUCCACCUGAAGGGGACAAAUGAAUACGUGCCACGCUUUGUUUCCAAGGUUUACUACUUUGAAAUCUCAGAAGCAGCUCCGAAGGGCACUGUUGUGGGAGAAGUGUUUGCCAGUGACCGGGACAUGGGCACUGAUGGGGAGGUGCAUUACUUAAUUUUUGGUAACAGUCAGAAGAAAGGUUUUCAGAUCAAUCAGAGGACCGGGCAGAUUUAUGUCUCUGGACUUCUGGAUAGAGAAAAGGAAGAGCGGGUGUCCCUAAAGGUACUGGCCAAGAAUUUUGGCAGCAUUAGGGGUGCAGACAUAGAUGAGGUCACCGUGAACGUGACCGUGCUGGAUGCCAACGACCCUCCCGUGUUUAGCUUAAGCACCUACCGCGUCCAGGUCAGCGAAGGGGUGCCCAUAGGGACUCACGUGACCUUUGUCAGUGCCUUUGACUCCGACUCCAUCCCCAGCUGGAGCCGGUUUUCUUACUUCAUCGGCUCAGGGAAUGAAAACGGUGCCUUUUCCAUUAAUCCACAGACGGGACAGAUCACGGUCACUGCGGAGCUGGACCGGGAGUCCCUGCCUGUCUACAACCUCACGGUUCUGGCUGUCGACUCAGGGACUCCCUCGGCCACGGGAAGCGCCUCCUUGCUAGUCACGCUGGAAGACAUAAACGAUAAUGGGCCCGUGCUGACCCUCCGUGAGGGAGAGGUGAUGGAAAACAAACGCCCCGGCACCCUGGUGAUGACCCUGCAGUCCACGGACCCCGACCUCCCUCCCAAUCAGGGCCCUUUUACCUACUACCUGCUCAGCACAGGUCCGCCCACCAACUACUUCAGUCUCAACACGGCGGGGGUUCUGAGCACCACCCGAGAGAUCGACAGGGAGCAGAUUGCCGACUUCUACCUGUCGGUGGUGACCAGGGACUCCGGGGUUCCUCAGAUGUCUUCCACAGGCACUGUGCACAUCACAGUCAUAGACCAAAACGACAACCCUUCCCAGUCUCGCACGGUGGAGAUAUUUGUUAAUUACUAUGGCAAUCUGUUUCCUGGGGGUGUCUUGGGCUCGGUGAAGCCCCAGGACCCCGAUGUGCUGGACAGCUUCCACUGUUCCCUCACGGCUGGGGUUACCAGCCUCUUCAGCAUCCCUGCGGGCACUUGCGACCUGAGUUCCCAGCCCAGGUCCACAGAUGGCACGUUCGACCUGACCGUCCUUAGCAGUGACGGUGUUCACAGCGCAGUCACGAGCAGCAUCCGCGUCUUCUUUGCAGGAUUCUCCAAUGCCACCGUGGACAACAGCAUCUUGCUUUGCGUGGGCGUGCCGUCGGUGAAAGACUUCUUGACCAACCACUACCUUCACUUCCUGCGCAUCGCCAGCUCACAGCUGACGGGCCUGGGGACAGCUGUGCAGCUCUACGGGGCCUACGAGGACAACAACAGAACGUUCCUUUUGGCAGCUGUGAAGCGAAGUGCUAAUCAGUAUGUGAAUCCCAGUGGCGUCGCCACCUUCUUUGAGAGCAUCAAAGAGAUCCUGUUUCGGCAGAGUGGAGUGAAGGUGGAAUCUGUGGACCAUGACCCCUGCGGUCAUGGUCCCUGCCAGAAUGGAGGGAGCUGCCUGAGAAGACUGGCUGUGAGCCCAGUGCUCAGGAGCCAGGAGAGCCUGCCGGUCAUCUUGGUGGCCAACGAGCCUCUACAGCCCUUCCUCUGCAGGUGUCUGCCCGGAUACACCGGCAGCUGGUGUGAGGUGGACGUGGAUGAGUGCCUCCCAGCCCCUUGCCACAACGGUGGCACCUGUCACAACCUGGUGGGGGGGUUCUCGUGCAGCUGCCCGGAAGGCUUCACUGGGAGGGCCUGUGAGAGGGACAUCAACGAGUGCCUCCCCAGUCCUUGCAAGAACGGGGCCGUCUGCCAGAACUUCCCAGGGGGUUUCAACUGUGUCUGCAAAACUGGAUACACAGGAAAAAUGUGUGAAUCAUCAGUCAACUACUGUGAAUGCAGUCCCUGUUUUAACGGUGGCUCCUGCCAAAGUGGAGUGGAUUCCUAUUAUUGCCAUUGUCCAUUUGGUGUCUUUGGAAAACACUGUGAGUUGAACAGUUAUGGAUUUGAGGAAUUGUCGUAUAUGGAAUUUCCCAGCUUGGACCCCAAUAACAACUACAUUUAUGUCAAGUUUGCAACUAUCAAAAGUCAUGCUUUAUUGCUUUACAACUAUGACAACCAGACAGGGGACCGGGCUGAGUUUCUGGCCCUGGAAAUUGCUGAAGAAAGGCUAAGAUUUUCCUAUAAUUUAGGCAGCGGUACAUAUAAACUCACCACCAUGAAGAAGGUGUCAGACGGACACUUUCACACUGUGAUCGCCCGGAGAGCAGGAAUGGCAGCAUCCUUAACCGUGGACUCCUGCUCCGAGAACCAAGAACCUGGGUACUGCACCGUUGUCAGUAAUGUGGCCGUGUCAGAUGACUGGACUCUGGAUGUUCAGCCAAACCGGGUCACAGUUGGAGGUAUCCGAUCGCUGGAGCCCAUCCUGCAGAGGAGAGGACACGUGGAAAGCCAUGACUUUGUGGGCUGUAUCAUGGAGUUUGCCGUCAACGGGAGGCCUCUGGAGCCCAGCCAAGCCCUGGCAGCCCAGGGCAUUCUGGAUCAAUGCCCUCGACUCGAAGGGGCUUGUACUCGCAACCCCUGCCAACACGGAGGCACCUGUACCGACUACUGGUCCUGGCAGCAGUGUCAUUGCAAAGAGGGACUGACGGGGAAAUACUGUGAAAAAUCUGUCACUCCUGACACCGCCUUGUCCCUGGAAGGCAAGGGUCGCCUGGACUACCACGUGAGCCAGAACGAGAAGCGGGAGUACCUGUUAAGAGAGAGCAUCCGUGGUGCCGCUCUGGAGCCCUUCGGGGUGAGCAGUCUGGAAGUCAAGUUCAGGACGAGAAGUGAGAAUGGCAUUUUAAUCCACGUCCAGGAGAGCAGCAACUACACCACCGUGAAGAUUAAGAAUGGCAAAGUACAUUUUACAUCAGAUGCGGGAAUUGCUGGGAAAGUGGAGAGAAAUAUUCCUGAAGUGUAUGUUGCAGAUGGCCACUGGCAUACCUUCCUAAUUGGAAAGAAUGGAACUGCUACUGUAUUAUCCAUUGACAGGAUCUAUAACCGAGAUAUCGUCCACCCUACUCAGGAUUUUGGUGGUCUUGACGUGCUUACUAUAUCUCUUGGUGGAAUUCCACCCAACCAAGCUCAUCGAGAUACUCAAGCAGGGUUCGAUGGCUGCAUCGCGUCGGUGCUGUAUGGUGGCGAAAGUCUCCCUUUCAGCGGGAAGCACAGCUUGGCUUCCAUCUCCAAAACGGACCCCUCGGUGAAGAUUGGCUGCCGAGGCCCCAACAUCUGUGCCAGCAACCCUUGCUGGGGCGAUCUGCUGUGCAUCAACCAGUGGUACGCCUACAAGUGUGUGCCCCCGGGCGACUGCGCCUCGCACCCGUGCCAGAACGGGGGCAGCUGCGAGCCGGGCCUGCACUCGGGCUUYACCUGCAGCUGCCCGGAGUCGCACACGGGAAGGACCUGCGAGACCGUGGUGGCCUGCCUGGGCAUCCUCUGUCCUCAGGGGAAAGUGUGCAAAGCCGGGAGCCCCGGGGGCCACGUGUGCGUCCUGAGCCCGGGCCCUGAGGAGCUGUCCCUGCCGCUGUGGGCCGUGCCUGCCAUCGUGGGCAGCUGCGCCACCGCCCUGGCCCUCCUGGUCCUGAGCCUCAUCCUGUGCCACCAGUGCCGGGGCAGGAAGGGCAAAGCGCCCGCGGAGGAGAAGAAGCCCAAGGAGAAGAAGAAGAAGAAGGGAAGCGAGAACGUGGCUUUCGACGACCCGGACCACAUCCCCCCCUACGGGGACGACAUGGCCGUGAGGAAGCAGCCGGAGGGGAACCCCAAACCCGACAUCAUCGAGCGGGAGAACCCCUACCUCAUCUACGACGAGACGGACAUCCCGCACGGCCCCGAGACCAUCCCCAGCGCGCCGCUGGCCUCGCCGGAGCAGGAGAUCGAGCACUACGACAUCGACAACGCCAGCAGCAUCGCGCCCUCGGACGCCGACAUCAUCCAGCACUACAAGCAGUUCCGCAGCCACACGCCCAAGUUCUCCAUCCAGAGGCACAGCCCGCUGGGCUUCGCCAGGCAGUCGCCCAUGCCCCUGGGMGCCAGCAGCCUGACCUACCAGCCCGCCUACGGCCCGGGCUUGAGGACCAGCUCCCUCAGCCACUCGGCGUGCCCCACCCCCAACCCCCUGUCGCGACACAGCCCCGCCCCCUUCUCCAAGUCCUCCACUUUCUACCGCAACAGCCCGGCCAGGGAGCUGCACCUGCCCAUCAGGGACGCGAAUGCCCUGGAGAUGCACGGGGAGGCCUGUCCCCCGGGCCUCUUCAACUACGCCACGCGGCUGGGGCGCAGGAGCAAGAGUCCCCAGGCCAUGGCCGCGCAGGGCUCCAGACCCGGGAGCCGCCUGAAGCACCCGACCGGGCAGAUGCCCCUCGAGUCCUCUCCUCCCGUGGGGCUCUCCAUUGAGGAGGUGGAGCGGCUCAACACCCCUCGCCCCCGCAACCCCAGCAUCUGCAGCGCCGACCACGGGAGGUCCUCUUCCGAGGACGACUGCAGGAGGCCCCUGUCCAGGACCAGGAACCCCGCGGACGGCAUUCCCGCGCCAGAGUCGUCUUCCGACAGCGACUCCCACGAGUCUUUCACGUGCUCCGAAAUGGAAUACGACCGGGAAAAGCCCAUGGUGUACACGUCCAGGAUGCCCAAGUUGUCUCAAGUCAACGAGUCGGAUGCGGACGACGAAGACAACUACGGAGCCAGACUGAAGCCCCGGAGGUACCACGGCCGCAGGGCUGAGGGCGGGCCAGGGGGCCAGGGGGCCGCCCCGGGGGCCGCGGACAGCACUCUGCCCUUGAAGCUCGGCCAGCCCGCAGGGAACUUCAACUGGGACAACCUUUUGAACUGGGGGCCUGGCUUUGGCCAUUAUGUAGAUGUUUUUAAAGAUUUGGCGUCUCUCCCAGAAAAGGCAGCAGCAAACGAAGAAGGUAAAGGUGGGCCGACUAAGCCAGUCCCCAAAGAAGGGGAAGCAGAGCAGUACGUGUGACCUUGGCAUGCUGGCGCGUCGAAAUGCGAGAGCGAGAAGCACUCAGACCACUGCAAGACGGCCAGCCAAGUCGGGCCACAGUUGAGAACAGGCCAGUGUGGACUGGUGGUCGAGGGAGACCUUGAAAAUAAUAACCACAAUGCUGCUGAAACCGCCUCAGAACAACUGUUUAAUUUAAAUACGCUUGGUUGGAUUUGUUUUCCCGCAUGCAUUGUAUUUUGUAGCUAGUUACGUGGCAUGCAACAUUUGAAAAGUUUUGCUUAUUUACCAGUGUUUGGUUGGUGAUUUUGAAAUUAAUACGGUUACCAUGGCAGCAAGAACUUGUGCUCUCCUAGUGAGUAUGUGUAUUGUCUCCAUUGUAUUAUUAUGAUUAUGUUUUACAUUGCCAGGUCCCUGAGGUUUAACCAAUCCUUGUGUACAGUGUAGUGAAGAUCCUUCCCAUCCUUGAAGGAAAGACCAUGAACACUUUUCGGAAUUAUAGAUUCCAUAUACGAUGGUGCUCAGAAAUGGCUGAGUAUUUGCUUAAGUUUUACAUGACAGUGGGUACUAAAAUGAAGUCAUUUUGUUCAGCACUUUAACACUUUCUUACGAAAUCAUGUUAAAACUUCUGAAUCUUUUUUGCAAACAGUUGUGGCCUCCUGACUUUCCUCAGGCUUUCCCUGAGGAUCGAAACAACCACGUGUUGGCCCCCACAUGCCCCUCCCCACUGCAGAGUGAUGAUCCAGAGAACUUCUAAGAGACUUUUAAAAGCUAUUUAUUGAAAACAAAAUGUUCUAUGCUUUUAACAUGUUAACAAAUUGACCUAAGCAAAGCCUAUGAUUGGACUUCUGUUUUAUCCAUUCAACAUUUUCCCAAGUACCCAGUUUUUAUAAUUUAUAUAAAAUCAAAUUGCGACAUUUCUUACUUUGUGUCAUUUUGUAGAUCAUUUUUUAAUACUGUGUAAAGACUUUUUUUACACCUAU